AUGUUAAAUUUUAAGCAUUAUAUUCUCAUUGUAUGUCUAGCUAAUUUGUGCUAUUUAUAUGUCUUACCAAAUCCUGAUAAGAUACCGUAUAUGUUUAGACAACUUAUACCUUCUCAAUUUCAAGAAAGACUUUUUCAUAUGUCUAAAGAAGACAAAAGAGCAAUCAAUGAAAUAAUAUCAAAACAUGAUGAAUUUAAAGAUUUUUCAGAUGCUUUAAAUGCAUUAAAAAAUAGAAGACCAAAUCUUUAUAAUCUUUCAAUGGAAAUAAAAGGAUAUAUUGAUGGAAAAAUUGAUACAUUGAAACCUGAAGCAAAAGAUUAUAUCUUAAAUAGAAUUGAUGAAUUUAGAAAAGUAAGACCAACAAUUGAACAUAAAUAUGAAUAUCUUGAAAUUCUUCGAGCAAUUCAUAAUACCAUUGAGGAGUUUAAAAAAUUGUCUGAAGAGUCAAAAACAAACAUUGCUAUGACAUUUCCAAAAAUAUUUGUUUAUAUAACAAGUGAAAAAUUUAAAAAAUUAAUCGACGGUUUAUUGGAAGAUUAUGAAAAUUUUUCAUCUUAA